GUUGUUAAUGUAAACAUUCCAAGUGACGAUAGAGCGAAGAAAUGCGAUGUGGCGUUUACAAACUUUGUUCGUAUGUUUUUUAUAUCCGUAACAUGGCAAAAUAUUUGUAGCAACUCCAAAGUUCGUGAAUUAUUUUGAAUUUAGAAAAAACUAUUUUGUCGCAUUGCAAAUUAAAUGCGGAAUUUCAAUCGCCAUAUCAAUAUACAAAAUUUUAAAGUAAAUUACAUGGAGGAAUCCGACUCUCAAAUAACGCAGGCUUAAAAACAAGAAACAUGACUCGUGAAAGUGGUCAAGCAGGAACUGAUGGUUCCGAAAAGGAAAGGGAUGUCAUUUCACUACCGUUUUGGAUAUUUUUAUGGACGUUGUUGGCUGUGUUUGCUGGUUUUGUUUAUUAUAAGUUAAACAAGGAGAAAGAGAAAAAAUCUGUUGAACAUGUUGGAACAAGAAAUAAUGCAAGAAUUGCUAGAACAUUUCGGAAAAAAAUCACGAAUACAGAUUCAUUGAAGAAGCCUAACUUUCGCAGUCAAACGAGCUAUGAGAUUAUUGAUGGCGAAGUCCGGAUCCAUUACGAUGUCUCAAUGCUUGACGAUUCACUUGUUGAAAAGACAAACGUAUCAAUAAAGACUGAGGUUGAUAGUAUUCCACCAAAAAGCUCAAAUUUUGAUGAUGUUGAGAUCUUAACUAAAAAACUGCCAUUGAUUAUUGAAGAAGGUGAAGAAUUUCCUGAUGAGGAAACAUUGAAAGUUGAAACAGAAAAUUGCAAUGAAUUGUUUGAAGAAAAAUCUUACACAAAUUAUGGUACUUGUGAAAAGAAAAUAGAAAAAUCAAUCAAUCAUCACAACUUCGUAUCAAAUAGAGUAGAGCAAAAGAAGAGUGAGAAUGAGGCAAAAUUUUCAACUACUUCACAAGAAACUAUCAUUCCUAUCAAUAUCAUUAAUGAUGCCAAUACCAUUAAAACUAGUCAGCAAAGAAAAAGUCAAUUCCAAAAAUAUGGAAGUGCAUGUAGUGAAGGUGAUGAUCAAGUUGGAAAUAAUACAAAAAUAAUAUACAUCAUGAAGAAUCUAGGCCAGAGACUGCAAAUUCUUAUGCACUUCAUCAAUUGACUAAUAAUCACAAGUCUGAAGAGAAGCAAUUCACAGGGAAAAGGAACUUUGACAUCAAUGUCGUAACAAGUGCUUUGAAAGAUGAAGGCCUUUUCAAGCAAGUGGAAGGUGCCAUAUUUGAUGAAGGGUCUCAUGACUACAACAAAGCAUUGCUUGUUCGUGAUGAAGAUAUUAAGGAUAAAAAGAUUGUUCAACGGGAUGAAACUGUUCAUUUACCAAUACAACAUUUGAUGGCGUGUUAUCUGCACAACAACCUGGAAUGUUUGAAAAUGAAGGCAAACAUACUCAGUUGCAAACAGCAGUUGAAAGAAAAGAGAACAAUAUAACUGCAAAAGUUGUUACAACUGAGGAAAAUGAGUCAAUACCUAAUGUGCACAUUGAUGAUUUUGAUGAGGAAUUAGAUUCACAUAGUCCAGACUUCAAGGAAAAUAUGUAUGAUUCUCAUCCUGAUGCUUUAAUUACACAAAAUAUUAGUUCAAUGAGCAGAAAUAGUGUUGACUUGAAGGAUUCCAUAUUACUCAAUAGACAUUCAGAUAAAUCUCUACUAGAACAGAAUGAUAAAAAAACCGACACAGAAGAUUGUACAGAUACCAGAAAUGUUGUGCCUGUGUUAUCAUCUGAUAUAAUCAAGUCCACAACAUCAUCCCACACAAAUCAAAUCCAGAGACUUUUAAAGAUAAAUUUGUUUCUAUGCAAGAAGAUUCUUCAAUGAUUCACUUGUCAUGUGAGAAAGAAGUUAACCCUGGUACUCCUAGUGAAAUUGACAUUAAUUCUCAUGAACCUAGAGAUCAAAAGAAAUCCAAGUCUAACACAGAUCUUGAUAAAGUUUCAUCUUCAUAUUCCCAUUUGGACAAUGUCAACAUGGUGAACAUCAAAUCAACAUCUGUUCCAAAUAUCUUCACAACUUGUCAUGAAGACACUUCUAGAAAUUGUCCUAAGAAAAAUUUUGAAAAACAACUUUCCUUCUCAUCACCAAAAUUAAAUUCCAAGAUGAAAAAGGUCACCAAGAUUAAAAUCAUUCAAGUGAAAUUCCUAGAAAUGCCAUCAGAUUAUGACAAUGCCGAAGAGGAUUUAUUUGUUCAUAAAGGGAAUUUACCAAUAACAGGGAAAAUAAAGAGACGAAGUAAAAAUUUUUCUGAUGACUUUGAAAUUUUUGAUAACUCUCCAAAUACUGAAGUCGGCAAUCCUCAACGGUCAUAUGACGUCACCAAUUACCGGCAAAAUGACGUCAUCAGUCAUCAGCAAGAUGACGUCAUCGAUCAACAACAAGACGACGUUCGUAACCCUCCAUUGUCUGACGUUUCAAAAUCAUUAUCAAGCGAUACACAAACAAUGAAUAAAAUAAAAAGUCCGUCUAACGUAUUUAAUGUAAGGCAAAAUAAGACGGACUGUGGACGAUCAAUCAAUGGUCAUAUAAACCAUGAAUUUAUAGGCAACAAACGAAAUGUUGCUCACCAAACAGAGGACCGUGAAUGCAAAGAAAUACCGGACACAUCAAAAAUUGGCACAACUAAAGCCCAGUUUCAUCAUAGCUUUUCAACUUAUGACACCACAGUAGUGUCACGUGAUACAUUAUCAACUCCUUUAUUGACUCCAACUCAUGAUGACUCCGAGUUGCCCAGUCCCUUGAAAAAUCCUCGACACGGCAUAAAGUUGUCGGAAAAAUUCCAUAUUUCUGAUGAUGAAUAUGUCGGUGGAAAGCAAGCGAUUUCAACGGACCAUGUUAAAGACAAUAUGAAUGUCGACAAACCGUCACAUGGUAAACAAUCACGCUCUGGUUAUAAAAAUAACAUAAGUAAUCGUCACAAUGGUAAGGUUGUCGCUGUCAAGAGUGGGAUAAUCAGUGAUCACGAUUACAGUAGUGACGCUGAUUCGGAAAUGUCCUACAACAUCCCCUCACCACCACCAUCCAAAGGAAAACGAUAUUUUCGUCCAACAACACGUCGGUUGUAUUCUGAUUCUUCAUCGGAUCCAGACAGUCCACGACGACGUUUAAGUGAUACUGGAAGAUCAAAGAAUAUAAUCGAAGAUGAGAGAAGCGUGAGUUCAUCUGGUUACAGAAAUCUUUUCUCAAAGUUUGGAGAUUUUAACCAAAGUAAAGAAAAAGAAUGAGAUUACUGUGAAAAAAUCACGUAAAGAUACUGUUGUAAAAUUAUUUUAGUCUGAUGAGUUUACUCCAAGAAGGACGUUGAUGUCUACGAGCAGGUGUCUCCUGGGAGAACAAAAUUUAAUCUGCUUGAAAAAAAUGGAAAUUAAUUUUCUCAGCAGUAUGUGGUGACGUCUCAAGGUUUUUAUCUUUAGUUGUACAUUAUAAAACCUCCAUCGACUGCCGUGAAUGCAAUCUCCACAUGUGUGAAAUUCUACUUUGCAAUUUAAAAGAUGUUUUAAUUGGAGAUGUUGGUAGGGGAAUUUUUAACAAACAUUCUUCAAUCGUGCUGGGAUAUGAAACUAACGUAUAGUUUCGUGGAACAUCGUGAAGGCAUUAUUGUUGCCAGGCAACCCUAGGAAAUUGAUCACGAAGAAACUCGUUAGCAUGAGUUUAUAAGACUUUAUAAUUGAAGAAAUUUGUCGUAUAAUUUUCCUUAGGGAAAUGUUUAAACAGGAUUUACCAGAACACUUUAGAGAACAAUGUAGGUAUGUGGAUGUACAUAAAUAAGUAUACUAACUGCCCCGUUAACUUUUUGCACAAUGGUUCAAGCACUUGAACACAGUUAUUCCCGAAAGUUAAUUAUUACUGAACUUUGUACAAUUUUAUAACUGCGAUAUUUAAUAUCAAAUGCAAUAUUGAUGAAACAUUGUCGUAUGUCGUUUUUAUGUAUGUAAAUGAGAGGAUACAUGUAUUAAAUAUUAAUUCAUCAAAAAAUAUGCAAAUAAAUAAACACAAUUUUCGUUAA